UGCGCUAAUGUGCGCAUGCGCGUGAAACUGCGUGUAUGUCCAAAAGUCAAAGAAAAUGAUUGCUACACGAGGAUUAAAAGCACCGUCUUUUGGCGUUGGUGAAAGAGUAUUGUGUUUUGAACCAGAUCCUACCAAAGUACGAGUUUUAUACGAUUCUAAAAUACUGAAAGUUGAUUGGACAAGAGACAGUGCUGGCAAGAGAGUGCCAGAGUACCUAGUCCACUUCAAUGGCUGGAAUCACAGUUGGGACAGAUGGGCUCCAGAACACUUCAUCCUCAAAUAUACAGAUGAAAGCUUGGAGCUUCAGGAGAAGCUACAGAAAGAAGCUGAAGAAAAGAUGAGAAAGAAGAGGAGGAAGAGAACAUGGUCAGAGAUUCUUGAAGAAGCAAGGGAGAAGAGAGAGAAGAUGGCCAAAGAAAACAGUGCAAGUUCAGCAGAAGACAGCAGUGUGGGUUCAAGUGACAGCGAAGAUGAUGAUGACGAUGAAGCUGUAGAAGUUCCCAUCACAUUUCCUGAAGCCUUACAUGCCAAGCUAGAAGAUGAUUGUUACUUUAUCACAUCUAAGAAACAGUUGGUUAAGCUACCACCGGACCACACGGCUUUGUCUCUAAUGGAGGCGUAUGUGAAGGACUUUGCUUACCGUUGUCAAGCCCACAACGUGAGGGUGCAUCUCAGACAGCAGGGUACCGCUGGAAUGCCUGUAUGCCUAACCACGCCUAAUGCUAAUAAUGGAGACUCGGUACAACCUCCUCCUCUACCGCAGUACAAUGUUGACCUGUGCAGAGAAGUGAUGGAUGGUAUCCGCAUCCUCUUUGACUUUCUCUUACCGACCAAUCUCCUCUAUGACUGCGAGCGGGCUCAGUACAACGGUCGCUAUGCACAGCGCCCUGUCAAGACCAAUGGGGUGAAGGACGAUCCCACAAAGAUAAAACCGUGUACCAAUGGCAAUGUGAGGGCGACACGGCGAUGGAGCAUGUCAUCGUCCACUAAGGAGGUCUUACCACCGGUCCUAGAACCUCAGACCACUGGUCCCGAUAACUCUCCACCGGUCCUCAAGCCAGAGGCUGCACUCGAUGGCAAGAAGGAGAAGCAGGAGCCGGCUCCUGAAAGAAGGAUCACCAGGAGGUCAUCUACCAGUAGCUUUAGCCAGUCACCACCACCUCCGCCACCGGCCCCAUCAUCAACCAGGGCGCUUAGAUCUUCAGAUGGCCAAAGACGCAGAAGUGCUGACACCAAGAUGCUAUCAUCCUCGACUACCGCUACCACCACGACCUCAGCUUAUAACAAACGAGAUGAGGCAGAUACUACUACCACCACCACCAAAGAACUUACUAACCAUCAUCCUCCAUCUCGAAGCCUCCGUCAUUCCUCCCGGCUUGCAUCCUCCUCCUCCUCCACCACUCCCUCUCCUCCUGUCAUCACCAACAUGGACUCUAUCCCGUCCUUGGAAGCCUCUGCCGCUACCUCCGCAUCACAGACCCCACAGGUCCUGAGCAACGGAGACACCAAUGACUCCAUGAAGUUGAGAGGAGGCCGGGGGUCCCUGUCGACGGCGGAUGUGGGGAAGAUUCCACAGACGGCGGAGUUGAGCAUUAAGCAAGAGGAGAGUGAUGAUGGGGUGUUCAGUAUUGAGAAGAAUUGCUGGAAGCUUCUGCCCGACUGUGCUAACUAUAACGGUGCUGAGCCUCCAUGCAGAGUCUAUGGUGCACAGCAUCUCUUGAGAUUGUUUGUAAAGCUACCAGAAAUCCUUGGACGUAUGGAUCUACCACCCAAGAAACUCAAGCCCCUGGUCAAGCACAUAGAGAUGUUUCUUAGAUGGUUGUCUGCGACAGAGCAGCUGCUGGAAUACUUCCCAGACAAGGCUUACGGCGGUGAAGCAAAAGCUCUCAGAGACAGAGGAGAAUUCAAGACAAAGAGAACACUGGCUGCAAAAUGAAGAGAUUUGAUCCAGAUAUGCAAGCUUGGGAAUCAUAUAAGGCAGCUGUUAUCUUUAUUGCAUGGUAAUCAACAAAAUAAAAUUGAAGGUUGAAGCUACAGGGAAGAGUUUAUUGAUCCACUAGAUUUGGAGAUCAAGAGAAAAUCAGCUCCAAAAAAAGAUGAGAAUUGUUCAAGAUUGGGAAAAUUGGAUUCUGAGAAAGGUACCGCCACUUUUGUUUCUUUGUCGUGGAAAUGAAAAUGAAAGGAAAAGCAAAGAUGGGUGUUAUAAAACAAGAAAAAUCAAUUGAUCCACUAGAUUUGGAGAUCAAGAGAAUGUUAGCUCCAAAAAAGAUGAGAAUUGUUGAAGAUUGGGAAAGUUGGAUUCUGAGAAAGGUACCACCAGUUUUGUAUCUGUUUCAUGGAACUGAAAGUCAAAACAAAGAUGGUUGUAUGGACGAAAAAGUUAAUCCUCUGGAUUGUAAAGGCAAGGGAACAUCAUCCACAAAUUUUGAAGAUGAAUAUUUUAUGAAGAUAGAUGAUACAGGGGCUGAACAAGUAUUUACAGUAAUUGUCUGCCUGUAAUGGCAAUGAAAGUUAUUACCAAUUAAUUAAUCUUAGAGGAAAGAAAGUUAAGGUCGCUGAGGAGAGCGUCUGACAGCUUUUAAUAUAGAUUAGUAUCUCACGAUGACAUUCUCAUUGAAACAUGAAUUGGAGGAACCUGCACAUGCAGACCACCUGCUUGGAAAAAACUGCUUUUGUUGACUCUGUUAAGAGGCCUUUAUAUACAGGUAUCACUGUAUUUUCUAAGCAUCCUUAAACCCUAACAAGAGCCAUCGUGUGCUGUUGCUCAUUCAGUGUUGAAUGUUAUAGAGUCAAACCUGUCUUAGUGGCACCUCUCUAAUAAGGCCACCUGUCUAUAGUGACCAAGUAUUCUGUCUCCCUUGAGAAAGGAAUGUGUGUUGUAGAACCUGGCUAGAAAGGCCACCUGUCUUCAGUGGCCACUUUUUUUCUGUUUUCCAUGAGUGGUCUAUAUAGACAGGUUUGACUGUAUAUGCAUGUGUGGCAGUUUGGGGGCACAUGGGGGGGGGGGGGGGGGGGGGGAGGGUGAUAGAUGGCGAACCAUGACAAAACGAAAGGAACUGAGGAGAGUUUAUCAGUAUUUAUUAACAGUUUCAAUCUGAUGGGAUUAUGUUCAAAUGGUUGAUUGUUUUACCAUCAUGGUUCCUAGGCUUAUGUCAUAUUACAAUCUUGAAU